CAUAAUGGAGGCCAUUACAGGCCAUUUCACUAAAUAUCUGCGAUAGGAUACGUUUCUUAAAUCUAAAAUUUGGAUCGAAUCUUCGACGCUGGUCACUAAAAUUUGGAUUCAUUAUUCCACGCCGGUCGUUAUAUCGAUAAAUUUGCCAGAAAUGAUAACCGCAUAAAUUAAGAUUGUGGCGCGUUUUCAUUUCCACCGGCAUCUUGGCCACUGUGUAAUUAUUAGUGCAUAAAACAUAGUCAGAAGCACCUAAAAAUCCGGCAGGUGCUGCAACAAAUGCUCCUUGUGGUAUUAAUAACGCUUCGACAGGCAAUAAAACAUUACUUCCUAAACGAGCUUUGUCUCGUCUUCGACUCUGAGAGGUACUGCACUUGUGAAUCCAAUGGGGAAUUGUCCUCCUGGAAGGGGAGUUUGCGUACCAGCAGCAGUAAGUUUGACAUUUCGCAUGAAUCCGAUCCAUUCCUUCACGUUGUCUGGAAACUGUGGGUAAGCAGCUAUUUUACGAAACCUACCCGAAAAACCCGCCUUUACAACCUUAGAAAAUCUUUCUCAUGCAAAAUUACGUAUUUUUAUUGUUAGAAAUAUAUAUUUGUCCAUACUUAUUGUUGAAGAUGGAUUGGGUGAAUUUUGCGGGAUCCAUUGGCAAACUGGACCGACGUGACCUAGUAAUUGACCCGCUGUUUCAGUCAUAAUAGAAGACUAUUAGAAGAGCAAGAAGAAAAACUAUCGUUCUUUUAUGAAAA